GAGGAAGCUGCCGACACACACUGCCGUGGAAACACUCUGUGAGACCCUAAUCCAUGCGCACAGACCCUCAUUUCAGCUCCCACGCUCCCGGCCGCAGGUGGAUGCAGGCAACAGGCGCGGGUCCUUGGAUCAAACCGACCCGUCUCGGCGUGAUGUUACACCAGCAUGAGGACCUCGAGGCGGCGAACGACAGCUGCCCAGGUGCAGCCUGUAACGCCACAUUGGCGGAGGACGCGCUCCAGCUGCCCACCUUCUCCACGGCCGCCAAGGUGCGCGUCAUCAUCACCUUCAGCCUGUGCGCGGUGUCGGCCGUGUGCAACCUGCUGGUGCUGUGGGCGGCCGGCAAAGGCGGCAGGCGCAAGUCCCACGUCAGGAUUAUCAUCAUGAACCUGACUGUGGCCGACCUGCUGGUCACGUUCAUCGUCAUGCCCGUGGACGCCGUGUGGAACAUCACCGUGCAGUGGCAGGCAGGAGACGCCGCCUGCAGGCUGCUGAUGUUCCUCAAGCUGGUGGCCAUGUACUCCUGCGCCUUCGUCACGGUGGUUAUCAGUCUGGACAGGCAGUCAGCCAUCUUGAACCCUCUGGGCAUCAGGGAGGCCAAGACCAGGAGCAAGAUCAUGCUGACUGUGGCCUGGACCAUGAGCGUCUUCCUCGCACUUCCUCAGAUGUUUAUAUUCCACAAUGUGACCAUCACCGUCCCGGAGAACUUCACGCAGUGCACCACCCACGGCAGUUUUUUCCAGCACUGGCAGGAGACGGUCUACAACAUGUUCACCUUUGCGUGCCUCUUCCUCCUUCCUUUGGCCAUCAUGAUUUUCUGCUACACAACAAUUCUUAUUGAGAUGGCUCGCAAUACCUUGCUGUCCAGAGAUGUUCACCUUCGCCGGUCCCACAACAACAUCCCCAAAGCCCGAAUGAGAACUCUCAAGAUGAGCAUUGUCAUCGUGACAUCUUUCAUCAUCUGCUGGACCCCGUAUUACCUGCUAGGCCUGUGGUAUUGGUUGUUUCCCGAAAAAAUGGAGGAGACGGUCUCCCAUUCGCUCACUCACAUGCUGUUCAUCUUUGGCCUCUUUAACGCCUGUCUAGACCCCAUCACCUACGGCCUGUUCACCAUUCAUCUCCACAAGGGCAUGAAGAAGUACUGCCGAAGCUCCAACACACAGAUCACUUCCGAAAACAACAAUUGUGUCAUGCACAUGACACGCCUGUCCUGCCGCAGGCAGGUGGCCUCAGGUGGCGGCCACACAGACACGGAGGAAAGAAGCGACAACAGCAGCAGCAAAAGCGCCUCCAGGUCAAUUGUGCCCAUUAGCGAGAUUUAAAGUCUUCUGCUGCCCUAAUGACCAUGAUCUCACUGUUCCACUUGCUCUUUUAUCAGAAACAAAGGUCAGUCAAUCAUUUAUUUUCGAUCCACUCAAGUCAUCACGCAGCAUUAUUCUGCUGAUUGACUGAUUUGAGUUUUGUUACGAUUGGACAAACCACUGCCGAGUGUUGUGUGUCGCUGCUCUUUUGACAUAUAAGGGUGCGGAGGUCUCAUGUUGCAUGUAGUUUGGAAACCAGUCUGAGGAGCACUUUUCCACAACCAUCUGUAUACAAACCCCGUUUCCAUAUGAGUUGGGAAAUUGUGCUAGAUGUAAAUAUAAACGGAAUACAAUGAUUUGCAAA